AAGUCUUCGCCAGCCACGCUUGUUCCCUCCCGAGUCCCAGACCCCCUUCGCCCUGCACAGUUCCGGCCCUAAACCAUCCCCUGAACCCUCCAAAUUCCCCAAAUCCUCCUCCGCUCCCACCCGCCGACCUCGCCGCAUCCCGAAACCUCGAUGGAUAUGGAGGAAGGCAACGAGGCGCAACCACCGCCGCCGCCACAGGAAGCGCCCGAAGCAGCGGAGCCGGUUCCGAUGGACCAAGACGAGGACCAGGCAGCCGCGGAUCCCAUGGAGGACGAAGCUGCGGGAGGAGAUGCCGCGGCGGCCGUGGAUCCCAUGGAGGACGACGCGCCUACAUCCUCCCCAACCCCGUCCGCCCCCUCCGCCACCGCGGCCGUGGACGACUCCACCGUCGCGCGGAAGCGCCGCCGCCGCAAGAAGCAGUUCCCCGGCAUGAUCCCCACGGCCGGCGUCCGCGUCCUCCGCGCCUCUUCCUCGUCCGCGGCGACCGCGGCGCAUCUCACCGGCAUCCCGCGCCGCCGUGGGCGCCCGCCGACCAACAGCCACGUCCGACAGGCUCGAGAGCUCGAUUCCGAGGCCCUCAUCGCCCUAGCUGCGGGAUUCCCCGCUGAUACUCUCUCCGAGGACGAGGUCGCCGCCGUCGUCAUCCCAACCAUAGGUGGCACCGAGCAGGCCAACUACCUCGUCGUACGCAACCACAUUCUCGCGCUCUGGCGCUCUAAUCCUCUCUCGCCCGUCUCAUCCAACGCCGCGCUCGCAGCCAUUCGUACCGAGCAUGCCCCCCUUGUCGCCGUUGCACACUCCUUCCUGUCGGACCAUGCCUACAUUAAUUUUGGCCUCGCCCCCUCCAUUCUAUCCCUCCCCCCAUCACCCCCUCCAUCCCUUCCUCCCCCUUCUGUUCUCAUUGUCGGUGCUGGCUUUGCUGGCCUCGCCGCGGCACGCCACCUUAUGUCCCUUGGAUUCAAGGUUGCCAUUGUCGAAGGACGACUCCGCCCAGGUGGUCGCGUGUUUACAAAGACAAUGCGCUCCACUGCUGCAGACUAUCCUGACAUUGCUGCUGCUGCUGAUCUUGGAGGCAGUGUGCUCACCGGUAUCAAUGGGAACCCCCUCGGUGUCAUAGCACGGCAGCUUGGGUUCCCACUCCACAAGGUGCGGGACAAGUGCCCGCUGUAUCUCCCGAAUGGCAGUGAAGUCAACUCCGACAUGGACGCUCGAGUUGAGGCUGCCUUUAACCAGCUUCUUGACAAGGUGUGCCAGCUGCGGCAGGUGGUCGCAGAUAGUUUCCCACAUGGCGUUGAUGUGUCGCUUGGUAUGGCACUUGAGGCAUUCCGGGCGGCGCAUGGUGUUGCCGCUGAGCCAGAGGAACGAAUGCUUCUUGAUUGGCAUCUGGCAAACUUGGAGUAUGCCAAUGCUGCUCCUCUUGCCGAUCUCUCAAUGGCCUUCUGGGAUCAGGAUGAUCCAUAUGAAAUGGGUGGUGACCACUGCUUUAUUCCUGGCGGUAACUCCCAGUUUGUGCGAGCACUUGCUGACGGCAUCCCGAUAUUCUAUGGGCAGAAUGUGCGAAGGAUACAAUAUGGGUGCGAUGGUGUUAUGGUGUACACUGAGAAGCAGACAUUCCGUGGUGACAUGGCGCUCUGCACUGUUCCCCUUGGUGUGCUUAAAAAGGGAGACAUCGAUUUUGUGCCUGAGCUGCCAGCUCAAAAGCGAGAAGCUAUCCAAAGAUUGGGCUUUGGUCUUCUUAAUAAGGUUGUGAUAUUAUUCCCCUUUGACUUCUGGGAUGGCAGGAUUGAUACAUUUGGGCACUUGACAGAGGACUCUGCUCAACGUGGCGAAUUCUUCCUGUUCUAUAGCUAUUCUUCUGUCUCAGGAGGGCCACUGCUUGUCGCGCUUGUUGCUGGGGAAUCUGCUAUCGAGUUUGAGAAGAAAUCACCGAUGGAAAAUGUCGAGAAGGUGUUAGAAACACUUAGGAAAAUCUUUUCACCCAAGGGGAUUGAGGUACCAAACCCAUUGCAGGCAAUCUGCACUCGGUGGGGCACUGACAGGUUUACAUAUGGAUCAUAUUCAUAUGUUGCUAUUGGGUCUUCUGGUGAUGAUUAUGACAUUUUGGCUGAGAGUGUUGCUGAUAGAAUUUUCUUUGCUGGAGAGGCAACAAAUAGGCGAUACCCUGCAACAAUGCAUGGAGCUCUGCUUAGUGGGUACAGAGAGGCUGCCAAUAUUGUAAGAGCAGCUAGGAAGAGAGCAAAUAAGGUUGACUCACCUGAGAAAACAGAUGUUAAUUUUGAAGUCAAAGAUACUGAUAAAGAUGACAACAUCGAUUUGGAUGAUCUCUUCCGUACUCCUGAUGCUGCUUUUGGUGGCUUCUCAGUUCUCCAUGACCCAUCUACAUCUGAACCUGAUUCAACUUCGUUACUGCGUGUUGGAAUUGGUGCCCGAAAGUUAGGCUCUGGUUCACUUUUCCUCUAUGGCUUAAUAAUGCGAAAGAAUGUAGCUGAGUUAGCUGCAAUGGAAGGCGAUGAGCAGCGUUUGAGUACCCUGUAUCGAGAUUUUGGGACAAAACUUCUGGGAUUGGAUGGCUUGGGUCAUACUGGGGAAAGCCUUAUAUCACGGAUAAAGGCUGCUUCUAAGAAGUAGCAUCCAGUCAAGAUGUUGGAAAGGUUGACUUGCCUGUAAUAGUUGUCAGCUCUGAGCAUUUAGUUUGCUAGCCCGGCAUGGUUGCUGAACUUGCAAGUAAUUCAUUCAUUUCAUUGAUUGCCUUAUACCUCUUAAUUUCUCGUCAAAGGUGUAUGCUGUGCCAUGUUGUACUGGUAAAACCUUCUAUGAUCAUAUCACCAUGGGAAAUAAUGGAAGAUUCUAAUCAGUACUAUCUUCAGACAUAAAUCACCUCUUUUGACACUUCUGUGAUGACAUUGUUAAUUAGCUUAGUAUUAUCAUUUUUUAUGUGAUGUAGCACUUGGUAGCGUCAGUUUACCCAAACUAACUAGGGAUAUGUGAGCAAGAAAAGGAUGUGAGAGUUCCUGCUAGUCCCAAUAACAUCUACAUUUGGGUGUGGUGAUAGAUAAUCAACGAUUCUCGUUCCUGUUAGGCUUGUUUUAGUGAUUUGUCAUUUGGGGUUCUGGGUUAUAUUUGACAAUUCUGUCUCAUUGAUUACAUGUUAGUUCUUUAUUCUGGAAGGUGGUUUUGUAUGAUUUGCAAGGCAUUUCAAUGUUGAUUAUUCAUUUUCUUCAGCAAGCUGUAGCUAAAGGAUCAUCUAAGUGACAGAUCAAGAAUAGUUUGAUAAAACUAUCAGGAGGUUAUCCAUUAUUUCACCGCACGGCCUAUAUUUGAAGUUUUUGGAAUAAAUUGUUUAUGGUGUCAAGCAGGUAAUGCCAUAACUGACAUUUUGAUGCCCUAAACAUGAUUUAAUAAAUGUAGUCCUUGGGCUGUCCAAUUGAACCCUAUUGUAUUUUAUUUUUGUCAAAUAGGUAUGACAUAUGUUAAAAUUUACAUGCUUUGAUGCAGAGUGCAUGUUUCUGUUUGAC